UGGAUUUCAUUUGAUUUUGUCGAGAGGAGAGAGAAAAACCACAACACUCGAUCAAGUAGGAGCCACCUGUGCAUGUUGUGUAUUGUUCUUUUAGCCCCAAUAUACACACAUUUUUCAUUUCGUGUGGUUGUGUUGGGAAGAGAGAGAAACAGGAGAGAGAGAACUCGGCGGGCCAUGGAGACUGCAAUUUGCGGUCGAGUCGCUCUUUCCCCUAAUCACGUCUUCCACCCUAAACCAGGGGAUAAAUAUUCUCUUCAUAAACAAUGCACAAACCGGAGCAUUUUUAUGACACUAUCAGCCACAGGACCAGGGAAAGGUGGCGGGGUGUUGGAUAGGCCAGUCAUAGAGAAAACAACACCUGGACGUGAAUCCGAGUUUGACUUGAGGAAAUCAAGGAAAAUGGCCCCACCUUAUCGUGUAAUGCUGCAUAAUGACAACUACAAUAAGAGGGAGUACGUUGUUCAAGUGCUGAUGAAAGUCAUACCAGGGAUGACAGUUGAUAAUGCGGUUAAUAUCAUGCAGGAGGCACAUUACAAUGGUCUUUCAGUGGUGAUUAUCUGUGAUCAAGCAGAUGCAGAAGAGCAUUGCAUGCAGCUGAGAGGAAAUGGUCUUCUUAGCUCGAUUGAGCCUGCAAGUGGAGGUUGUUAAACACGGAUAGCCUAUUACUACUAGAAGAAUCUGGUUAUGUGUACAUAAAUCAGAAAACAUUUGCAUAAAUCUCUUGUUGAAUUAAGAUAAGUAAAUAGAUGAUAACGACCCGUCAGUUACUCCAAUGUGGGUUACCCCUUUGUACAGUAACUCACGUGUGGAUUGUUUGUGUUUAAUCCUACCUGAACCCGGUUGGUGGUAUUAUGGAAAUCUUUGGAUUUCUCAAA